CGGCACGACGACGAGCCGAGUACAAUCGAUAGCGCGGAUAGAAAUCGGAUCCCGGUUCAGUUGUCAGUCGCGAUCGGUCGCGAUCGUCCGUGUUGCGUUGCGUGUCGUGUCACGCUCUUGCCGCGUCAUGGAUGCUCGUACGUCGCGAGUGUCAUUCGCGUAGGUGGCCAUUGUCGAUUGACUGACGACUGACUGAUUGAUUGAUCCUCCCCCCUCCCCCUCCUCGCGCGCCCCAUUGACUGCGACGUCGAUGAAUUAAAAUGCGCCUCGAAAAUGCUGCACGAGGGAGAUGAAGCGCUGUACGAGAUCGCAUCCGACCCGAAAGGAGAGGAGAUCCAGAAGCUUAGCGUUAUACAAAGUCUACCAAGUCUUCUAGCCAGCGACACGCAGUCAUGUAUGUCUCGAGUGGUACCUAAGAUGCAGCAGUCCCUCGCCACUGCAUCCACCGAGUUUCACAUAGCGGCAUCGUCCACAUUCAAAACGAUUCUCGAGCAGAAGCUCGUCAGCCAUAACGUUUUCAGUCAGACAUUCCUACAAAGUAUAUUAAACUCCUUGGAGAGUCGUGACCCAGUCGUUUGCCACGCAUGGUUGGAGACCUUACUGGAUGUGAUAGAGUUACUGCCGGUAGACAUCAUAAGAGCACAGAUUCUUCCAUUGACUAUAAGUAAAGGACAAUUGUCGCAAUCUAUCUACUCCAGGAUAACAUGCAGCAGAUUAUUGGGGAAGAUUUGCACGCGAUUCGACUCUUCUAUGAUACAGAAGGAAGUUUUACCAACAGUACACUCCCUUUGUCAAGAUGUAAAUAACGAAGUGCGAGCUAGUAUUUGCUUGCAGUUACGCUUUGUCGCGGAGGGCCUUGGCGCUGAGUCUGUAAAACCCGCUUUAUUACCGUCUCUCGUAGAACUAGCAAGCGAUGAAGAAAGCAAUGUAAGAUAUGCCUCUGUACAGACAAUAGUGUAUUUACUACCUCAUCUUCAAGAAGACACAAUAAAAACGAUAAUAGCACCACUUGUUAAGAAGCUAUGUGAAAGUGCAGCUAAAUCGGAGGAUAAUGUGAUAUGUAUGAUAGCUCAGGAGUAUGGAAAACUUGUACUUGGCCUAGAAAAAUGCUUAUCAGUAUCGGAGAGAUCAUGGUUUUUAAAGUUCUUUCAACAACUUGCACAAAUGGGGAUACCAUCGUUGAAGAAAGAGAAGCCGCACUUUACAUUCAUUAGCAGCAAUUCUGCAGCGGACGAGAGGUAUGUCGAAUGCAGAAGACACUGUGCAUUUAAUUUGCCGGCGAUGUUUAUCUUUGUAUCGAGCUCUCCGGAGGACGUAGACACGCUGUUGAUGGUAUUUGACGCAUUGGCGAGUGAUCAUUUCUACAUGGUUCGCAGAACUGUUGCCUGUGGAAUUCACGAGGUGGCGAGAAUCAUCGGGCCGAAGAAUGCACGAUUAAAAGGAAAUCUAAUAAAGUUACUGAAGGACGAUUCUGAAGAAGUGCUUCAAGGCUUAGUUCCUCAUAUCGGCUUAAUGCUAGAAUCUUUAGCUGAGAGUCAAACUAUCGGAACAGAUAGAAUGGAUUCUACGCUGAUGGAGAUAGGUAAGGCCUUAUUAAAAUGCGAGGCUGAAGUUGCGGGCACGCAUAAUUGGCGGCUGGCGUCAUUGAUGCACGCGCAGCUGGAGAUUUUACCCAAGUGUUUCCCCAGUGAUUUUAUAUACACUUACUUUGUGCCAAUGGCGUUCUCCAGAAUUUUGCACGCGCGGCCGAUACCGGUGCGUCUUGCUGCAGGAAUACUCUUCCUUGUCCUUCUUCGAUAUAAUAUGAAACCUAUACAAAGGGCGGAACUGCGCAAUAGAAUCUUUACGGAUCUAGCCAAUAACCCUGACUGUUACGUGAGAAUGAUGUUUGUUCGCAUAAUGGUCGAAGCGCUGGAGAUCUUCUCGUCCGUAUACUUUAAGGAACAUUUCUUCACCGUUUUGUUAAGUCUUGCCGAAGAUCCGGUAGCUAACGUAAGAUUAAAAGUGGUAUCUUUGCUGCCGCAACUGAAGAGUCAGCUGUGGAUACCGACCGACAAGAAAUUGCUGACAUCGUUGGAAUCGGUCAUCAGACACUUGGUCAACAAUGAGAAGGAUAGAGACGUAUUAUUUGUUUUAAAUAACGUCAUGCAAAAACUGGAAGAGAUAGACGUCAAGUACGAAGGCCAAACUUUGACAACUAAGCUUACCAAGCAAGAUGUGGAAGAUGCCAAAAAAUUAGAUGAGGAGAAGAAAUUGUCAGGUUUGAGCGUAGGAAAGGCGUCUGGAACUAUCGUGAAGAAAGGUUGGACAAGAGCAGCAACUGAUGGUGCAACGAGAUCGCAAUCAAAAGGUGAGCAUUCAAUGGAGAAUAAUGAAGCAUCCUACGAAACAAAAUCAUUAUUAAUGAAAUAUGGAACUGCGCCUCCGCGUCAAACGUUCGAAAGCUUAAAAACAAGAAUUCAACUAACACAUUCGUGGGAAAGAGUAGGGCACUACAACCCAUAUACUAACACGUCGCACCUUAACUUUGAGAACGGAUCGUCUAGCGAUUACGUCACGCAACGGCCGCAAUGUAACUGCUCCAAGUUAGCGGUAUUCCAAGCCCUCCUGACGUUGCCCGACGCGUGCGAACAAGAGUACAAAAGCGAUGCUUCCCCGUGUCGUUCCUGUCACAAUGUCGACAGCGAUCACGCGAUGUAUCGAAAGCCGGCAACGCAGGCAAACGAUUAUAAUCCUUCCGCUUUCGCCAAGUCCGUCUUUCUGUCAUUCCUGAGGGAGAACAAGCAAGAACCGCAUCAGCACUUCCUACUAACACGAGAUUACCCGCGCAGUGAAUUUUCUACUAACAUUGCCGGCAAGGACAGGUCACCGAAUUUUGCCGCUCUAAGGGCACUGACCAACGCCGCUCACUAUAACUCCUGUUGGGCUUUUAGCUCCAUGCCGGAGAUACCUGUGAUGCAGUCCGAUGACGAGUUCUUAGUGGAUGCCGGUAUCAGGAUACCUGCGCAAUUCUCCGCUUCCCAAAGUACGUCCAAGAUCCCGCACUUGCAGGAUUUCAUCACCGCGAGGAGACGGCCAACCAGCACCAACACGGUCCGGUCUAGGCGAAACAGCGUCAAUUUCGACCGGGGGAAAUUUAAGCGGCACUCCUCCGUCGAGUACGAAGACUGCAUGAAACGCAGAACAAGCGAGAACGAAUCGUCGAGGAGCCUGCCAACCUCGAUAGAUUACGAGGAAGGUUUGCGGCAGCGUAACAUGCUGAAGGAGAAUCUAAGCGACCAGCAGCUAUCGAAGACCGACGCGAGAACCAAGAGGUACUCCGCGCCGCACGGAAGAACAAGAUUUGGAUGGGACACCAACCAGGAGAAAUCGUUGGACGAAAAACUUCUGAAGAGGAAUUCUCUGAUCCUCGACAAGGACCGACUGAAACUCACCAACUCCAAGUGCACGUUCGACCGAAGUAAGCGCCAUUCCACGAAUUUCAGUCUGAAGCUCCCCGACUCCAAGGAGACGAAACAGAACGUGAAACGCCACAGUCUCGAGGAUCAUAUAACGGUACGUCGCGCUAUAAAGGGCUAUUUCUCGACGUUGGACGUGAACCAUAAUCAGGGUCUCAGCAAAAUCCCGUUGAGGAACGGCGGCCCACGUAGCAGGACUGCGCCUGCCACCCGAGCGUCCAGCCCCGUGCACGUGGAGACGCGAUUGCGAUUCGACAUCGAGGACUGUGAUGACUCGCAACGUUCUACCAGCGACAGACAUUUAAGUAGAUUUAGUUCGAGCGACGAGGAGGUCGACAAAUUAUGUAGGAUGCUGUUACACUCUCAACCGUCGCAGAGCAGUACGGGAGGAACACCAAGAAAUAGAGAGAAGUAUCCCAUUCACCUGAUGAUGAAGAAACUGUGAGAUGUAAGAUUCCGUUGAGUACAGUUCACAUUAUCUCUAUGGUUCUCUCACGCUUGCAUUUAGUUGAUUUUCAUCUAGAGUUUUAAAUUUUACUACGAAAAAGCUAUUGGUUGCAGAGGAUACGUUGAUUAUUUCGGAGCUUCCUCUAGAGGCUUCUCGUGAUUGAAUGAAUUUGAUUCAGGAAAUCUUCCAUCUUGCGCAACUAACGUUACGAGAUUGCGGAAAGUGCCGUGCAAUGCAUUGCGAAUAAACAGUACAAUGUCCCCAUAUAGGUUCAGUAGCCAUGAUGUACAGAUUACUAAUAGCUAUUUUAUUUAUUUUUAAACUGCGUAUACACAUUAUUAAGAUUGUCGUUUGAAUCUCGAAUCACAUAUCUGAAUAUAAAACAUUAGUGGACGUUUAUUCUGAAAUUUUACAAAAGAUUCUGUGAACGACAAAAUUAUUCGCGGAAAGCACAUAAUAUAUGAAUUAUUUUAGAAUGUGCUUCAAACUAAAUUGUAUUGGCACUAAUGAUAUAACAGCUUUAUAUGUGAAUUAUUCGCAUAAGUUUUUAGCAUCGUUUCCGAUCCACUGAACAGGGUAUAUUUGUAUAAUUCAUCGAGUAAGAAGGCAGCUUUUUCCAUCCCAACUUUUUCUACGCACUAGUUUGCAUUAUUUAUCUAAUUUAAUGCAGAUAUAUAUAUAUGUAUAAAUUCAGAUUUUAUUAAAUUUAUCUAUUCGAAUAUUUUUUAUGCAGUUGAAAUGAUACAUAGAAACAUGAAGAAUAUUAUUAUAAAUUAUUGAUAUUUUAUCUAAUUUUAGUUUGAAGUUGAAUAUAAUUAUUUAUACGAAUAGCUUCGUGAAAACUAAUUGGCGAUAAAAUUUUAUUAAGAAUAUUUAUGUUUAAUAUUAAAUGUCUGUGAAAUAGCCCUAUGUACUUAUGUGAGAUAAAAAGUAAUAAUUUUAACUUUAAUAUUUUUUACACACUGUUUGCUGAAUCAAAUUAUACUUGAUAAAACUAGAUGUUCGUAUGCCUCAGAGAGAAGCCACGUGGCUUCAUAUCGAAGAGAAAAACAACGCACGCUUGUUUCGAAAGACUGUCUUAGAUUUCGCGUUUAAAAAUUGUACAAUGGAAGAAGGAAGAGAGAUAUCUCGGUUUAUUUAGGAGCUGCAUAUUUAUAUAAUAUUAGCCUGUGCAAAACAAUGAGGCCAUGUAUAUACAAAUUCUAUAUGAUUAUUAAUAUUAAUGUUAAGGAUAGCUGUCAUUGUGAAAUUGAGUUAUUUUAGCGUAGAACAAAAACGUGACUAAACAAAAAUAAAUUUAUAGUACACUGAUAGCCAGCGCUAGAGUCUAGUCUGCAUAGAUGUAGUCUACGAGCGGUCUAUAAGGAUAUAGUCAUUAUUUGAGAAAAUAUUAGUGUUUUCUUUUAAGCCAUGUAAUUCUUCCCACCAAUUACACACAAUGUAGAUAAGGAAAAAAAAUUAUAUAGUCACGAAUUUAGUCUUAAGUAAGAGAUGCAUUCGAACCUUAGUAAAUGGUACCUUGAUGUACCUCCCGUAUAAUUGCUGUUGUUAAUUAAUAUUAAAUUUAAUAUCGAUUAUUAUGGAAAACUUUGACCAAGAAGAAAAUAACCGGAAUGGUUUGACAAAGAGAUAUUUCUGUACAAAUCGCAAAAUAUGUGAUGUACGUAAUUAAAUGAAAAGUUAAAUUUGAUAUUAAUACAGUAAGAAUCAUAUCAAGUAUAUCAAGAAAGGAAGACAGAAGGAAACAAGAUGCUAAACGUUGUAGAGAACUCUCAAGUGAUGACUAUAUUUUCCACCAAUAUGCGUGCAUAUAUUGUUAUUGGUUAUAUAAAGAUUUUCUGGUUUUAUUUCUGUCAAUAUCAUUUUAUGGAUUGUCAUUAUGGAAAUGACUUGUUAAAUGAUUUUUUAUAUAAAAUAAUUAUACAUUUCUUUCUUAUUUACUCAUGUUCUUUAAUGCUAAAAAUGUCGAAUUUUUGUUUUCUGCACUCUGAUUGGAUUGCGGUUUUUGUUUCCGUAAUUGUUAGAAGUCGUUCUGUAUCUUUGAUAGCAUAUUUGUUGGAAAUGGGAUGAGUUCUUUCAUUAUAAUUUUCUCAUAUGGCAAGAUAUGUAUCUCUUAAUUUAUUUCUUUGGUUGGCUUUUUUUGGCCUUCAUUUUUCAGAAACUGUUCAUCAACUCGAUCAAUAUUUUAAAGGAAUGUUUCAGACGUGAAUUGCUCAUUUUAAUGAAAUUUAAAGUAUGUAACAGUUGUGCUAUUAUUUUAUUUUAAAUGUUGGUUUAUACUUCCAUCAAGAGACGCGUUUUACAUCUUUUUAUGUAAUAGGUAAACAUAUAUUAACAUACAAAUUUAAAGGAAAGAAAGAAAAUCUACAUUUUUAUAAAAAUGUAAAUGUUUGACACAAAAAUUUUAAGUUUUUAAGAUAGAUAUGUAUACUCGAAUAUCUUAAGUCUUAACUGAGCUUUUAGAUAUACUUCGAAUGAUCGAAAACGUGUGUAACAUUUUUAAGCCAAAGAGAAGAUUGUUAAUAAUAUAUAAUAUACAAAGUUUUAAUGGCAUUAUGUACUUACAGUACAUUUACAAAAUAUUUUUAAAAAGAUAUGUAUAUAUGAGUCUAUCAUUAUUUUUCUUAUUUCGAAAAUAUAAUUCGUUUUUAAUUAUUAAGAUUCGUAUUUGAUAUUAAGAAAUUUGCGAUUUUAAUUCAAAAACUAAGAUUAAAUUUCUUCUCUCCAAUUAUUGGUUUUUCUUUAUAGAUAAUAUUUAAGCUAUGUUAAUUAUUAAAUUGUAUAACAUGGAACAAAAGCAUAUUCGAAGCUAUCAUUAAAAAUUUCAUACAAACAAUUGGAUAUUUUUUCAAGGAAACAGUUAAUAGAUAAUUAUUUAUAUCUCUUAAUAUAUUUUAUACAUACAUAUAUAUUGUACCAUAUGAGCUUUAUAGUGCAAGUGCCAUUGAGUUUAUUAAAAUUUAGCGCAUAAAUCAUUCUCAAAACGUAUCAUGAAGGAACAGAAACGGAUUUGAAAGUUUGGAUUGUGCAUAUUUUUUAUUAUGCGUUUAUUUUAUAGUAUAGUAUUACCAAUGUUUACGUGCGAUUUAAGUUGUACUACAUGUAUAAGUUUUUCUUGCGGCUAUGUUUUCGUUAUUUCUGUCAAAGUUAGAAAUAUCUGUAGGUACCAAAUUAUUAGUUAUAUGCACAUGAUUUAUAACAAGAUUUGCCUUUGUGAAAUUUUUAUUCUACUUAUGUACAUUACGAAAUGUGAAGCGAACUUUCGUAAGAGCGCUGAAAAUCCGAAGCGUACAAGAUUGAAAUGAAUAUCAUUGACAUUGCAUAUCGCACCAUAAAUAUGUACAUUACAAACUGAAUAAUUUUGAUUCUUAUAACAAUCAUCUAUUUUUUGCACAAUAGUAAGUUGCGACGGCUUAUAGCUCAGUUAAGUUUAGAAAAUACCAAGGUAUAACGCAAAAUAUCGACGAUUAUAGAACACCAAUGUAAAAACGCGCAUAUAUUCUCGUAUGCUUACGAAUGUACGAAAAUAUUUUUUGCAGUCUAGUUUACGCUCCGAUUUCUUGUUACAGUCUAUUUCUAUACGAAAUACAUCUACUGUUUUAGAAGACUUUCAUAUGUGAGAAUCUUAAAAUUUAGAGUGAUAUAUUGAUGAACCCUAUAUACAGUUAGGAGAAGGACGAGGAAGGAAUACAUAGUGUAUAUUUAUAAAAACUCAUAGUAUGAAAGAAAAAGUCAAACUAAAGAUUAUACUUGAAUAGUGGAAGGAUCAAACAUAGGUAACGCGAUCUUGUCUUUAACAUGCUUAAAUGCUGUUCUAUUUAUUUUUGUAUACAGAUAAUAUAACAAAUUAUAGAUUAACUUUUGUGCCAGAAAGUAAAGAGAGAUAUAAUUAUGUAGCGAAAGUUUAUAAAUUGUUAAACAGCGUCUCAUCAUAAGAUACAGGGAAGAACGGUUCGUUAAGAAUGUAACAUGAGUUACACAUUAAGUGUAUUUUUGUUUUUACAUGUUCUCACGUUUCUGUUAAAGUUACCGAUUUCCGUGGCAUUAUACAACUCUUCUUGCAAUUAAUCGUGCAAUUUGUAUUACUUCGAACUGCGUUCUGCAUUAGAAAAGAAGUAAACUGUGAUGACAAAAACUUGUUUAAUAAAAAACAAGAAGAGAAUGUUCUCUGUCAAAUUAUAUUUAACGAACGUACACAUGGAAUCGAAUUUGUGAAACGAUAUUUUUAUUACUCAUACUACUCCUAUAAAAAUAAGGAAUAUUUGAAAUUGUAUUUUUGUGAAGUAUAUCUGUAAUAAAAAUAUAGUUAAAUGCGAGAAAAACAAAGAUUGGAAUUAUAGAUUACUAACGUUCUCAACGAUUAUUGUGAAAAUGCUUUAACAUGUUACAUGCUAUCAUUAAUAAACCAAAAAAUCUUGUUGAAUAC